AUGAAUCCCUUAAUGCUGAACCACUUCAGCACGUCACAGACUCAACAAACACCUCGACUCAGACAAGAAGGGAACUUCGAGAAGUUCACGCAGAUCAAGGAGCAGUUUAAAAAGCUUCAUUGGUUUCUGGAGGAGGAAGAGGAGGCCAGGAUGGCUGCACUGAGGGAGGAAGAGGAGCAGAAGAGUGGGAUGAUGAAGGAGAAGAUUGAGGCUCUGAGCAGAGACAUAACGGCUCUUUCAGACACAAUCAGAACCACAGAGGACGAGCUGAGAGCUGAAGACGUCUCGUUCCUGCUCAACUACAAGGCUGCAGUGGAUCGAGUCCAGCAGCGCCCCCUGCUGGAUGACCCACAGCUGGCGUCAGGAGCUCUGAUAGACGAGGCCAAACAUCUGGCCAACCUGAGCUUCAAAAUCUGGAACAAGAUGAAGGACGUGGUCUCCUACAGUCCUUUGGUUCUGGACCCAAACACUGCUAAUCCAGUACUCGUCCUGUGUGAAGAUCUGACCAGUUUGAUACGAGCACAGAAACAGAAGCUUCCUAACAAUCCAGAGAGGUUUGAUCAUUACUACUUAGUACUGGGAUCUGAGGGGUUUAACUCAGGGACUCACAGCUGGGACGUCCUGGUUGGAGACAGUACAUGCUGGGCACUGGGUGUAAGAGCAGAGUCUCUCCAGAGGAAGGGAAAUAAACCGUCUGGAUCAUGGGGAAUAUGGUUCCAUAAAGGUAAAUACUCGGCAGGGUCACCAUCAGUAUCACCUGAUCUCUCUGUGCAGAAGAUCCAGAGGAUCAGAGUGAAACUGGACUGGAACAGAGGAAAACUG